AUGCAAACCAGGUCACAUACAGCGAAACUAGAAGCAAUCGAGGUCGAGCCAGCCUAUUACGAUCAUGGGGUGCCCGUGUUCAAGCCGACGUUUGACGAGUUCAAGGAUUUCUACCAGUUCAACAAGGCCAUAGACAAGUACGGCUUGCAAUCGGGGAUAGUGAGGAUCAUACCUCCCCGGGAAUGGUCUGCUAGUUUGGACAACAUCUACACCAAGGAGAGGCUAUCCAAUGUUUGCAUCAAGAACCCCAUAGUGCAGCGUAUAAACCACGACGGGCAUGGCGUUUUCCAGCUGCAGAAUGUCGAGCGGGCUCGCAAGUACAACAUCGAGCAGUGGAAGGAGUUGUCUAAAAGCUACGAGCCUCCCCGCAAGCGCAGGAGGUCGGAAACGAAGCGGUUUGUCUCGGACUAUAACAUCGACACCUCGGCGUUCACCGAUGAGCGCUGCGCGGAGUUGGAGCGUGCGUAUUGGAAGGGGUUGACCUACGCCGAGCCCAUCUACGGCGCAGACUCGCUAGGGUCCUUGUUCAAUGACGACAUCAAGAUCUGGAACGUGGCAAAACUACCCAACAUUCUCGAUUUGAUGGAGGAGGAGAUCCCAGGGGUCAACAACGCUUAUUUGUACGCGGGCACGUGGAAGGCGUCGUUUGCGUGGCAUUUGGAGGACCAGGACUUGUACCUGAUCAACUACUUGCACUUUGGCGCCCCCAAGCAGUGGUACCUGAUCCCGCAAUGCGACCGGGAAAAGUUCUUCAAUGUGAUGAAGGACUUGUUCCCCGACGAGCACAAGAACUGCUCCCAGUUCUUGCGACAUAAGACCUUUAUCGUGCUGCCCCAGUACUUGGAAAAAAGGGGAAUCAAGGUCAACCAUACUGUACAUAGAGAAGGCGAGUUCAUCAUCACCUACCCAUAUGGCUACCAUGCUGGCUUCAACUACGACUACAAUCUAGCGGAGUCGGUCAACUUUGCCCUCGACUCGUGGUUCCAAUUUGCCGAGACGACCGAGUGCUGUCAGUGCAUUUCGGAUGCUGUGAGUAUCAACGUUGACCUACUACGCAAGAAAUUCACAUCUAGUCAUCUAAGGUUGUAG